AUGGCAACCAGAGCUGACAAGUCAACGCCCUUCUUCCCUCUGGCUGGCGGUGCCAGUGACGGCUACUCAAAAGAUGGAGAAGCAACAGCCACAUGCUUUUGCGGCGCUGUGCAGCUUGCCUUUCCUACAGAAGCCCCUGGCCUCGUCUCGACGUUUGUCUGCAACUGCUCCGAUUGCCGCAAAAUUACAGCCUCCAUGUUCGCUUCCAACUUUGUCGUGCAAGACAAACACAUGAAGCACAUACGCGGCCAAGAUAAUCUCACCGUUUUUAAGCAGUCCAAGACUGUGGGUUCGGGCCACUCCAUGGCGAACCAUUUCUGUGCUACCUGCGGCACACUCAUGUACCGCGUCGGUGCCAAAUGGCCGGGCACGAGUAUUCUGCGGAUCGGCACUGUGGACGAUUUUAAUCUGCAUGAGACCAAGUUGAUGCCCGAGGUCGAGUUAUUUGUCGAGAAUCGGGUCAGUUGGUUCGGAGGAGUUCAAGGUGUGGCUAAAGAGGCGGAAGGGAUGGGCGGGCGAUAG